AUGACCGAAAGUCGUCGUCCCCGCUCCCCUAUCAGGGCCCCCGGCGGGCCCGUGCAGGCCAACCGCCCCUGGAGCCCAGCAGCAGCACCAGCGCCGCUCGCCCUUGGCCGCCCACGCCGAAAAAUUGAAGCCAUCGCCGCCCCCUUUGCCAUCAUCAUCAUCACCACCACCUCCACUGCCGUCGUCAUCCCUGGCACAACCACCGCCAUCGACGACACGGCACCACUCAUCGUCGCCACCGCAGUCGACUGCCCCGUCGCCCCCGGCCAGCCGCACAUCCUCCCCGUCGCCCUCGCCCCAGCUCUCGGCGGCCGUGCCGACCCCGUCUUUCCCACGGCUCCCCACGCGCUCCCACCGCUCUCGCCCGAGCCCUCGCUCGCCACCGCCGCCCACCUGCCGCCGGCCGUCGAUGCUCCGCCCAACGUCCGCCUCCCGCGCCUCUCGCAACAGCCCAGCUAUCCCAGCUUCAUCAGCGCCGCUGCCACCCGCCGGUCCCAGCCUCCUAUCGCCGAGGCUCUGAGACACACCCAGCAAGCACACCCUCCCGGGACACAGCCGCCGCCCCAGCAGGGCUACCACUUCCCGUCUCCCUUCCGGAGCCGUGCUGCUGCAUCGUCGGCUCCUCAGCGGCCCCGUCGACUCUUGUCUGCUCGACUCUGGAACCCGACCAAUUCGACACCACGAGAUACCCGGCCCAGGAAGCGCCGCGCCUCGAGCCCCCCGGCGCCCUCGGUUCCACUCCAGCACCCCACGCUCGACAAGGCAGCAGACGCGAGCGAGGACCCCGCUUCCGGCAACUAUCCCCUCCUAACGCUCUCCGAGCAGCGCCAGAGCAAACAUUAUCCCACCACGCGCGCCAGCUUUCAAAUCGAACAGAGCGGCAGCCACGACCACCGAGACUUUGAAGACAAAGCCGCGGUCUUGGAGGAUACGGCUGAACCAAAGGGCAAAGCAAGGGCCGCUGCCAUGGCUCCCGAUAGCGAGGACCCCAGGCAAUCCUACACAAUGGACUUGGAGCGGGGACCAGACGUGUUGGACCCACGCCCGUCCAACGCUUCGGCCGGCGACGCCGUCGGCUCGGCGCUGUCGUCGUCUAACUCGUCCAUCAUGGGCGAAGACGUGCAGCCCGACGGCGGCGAGGAAUGGGGCCCCCAGCAUCCCUGCUACCCUCAUCUGAACCCUCAUGUUCCCGUCGACUCGUUCGAGUACGCGACCACACGCAUCAUCCGUAUACGGCGCGACUGGCUCCUGCAAGGCGACCUGGCCCCGACCUUUUCGAACCUCUACCCCGAGAUUCUGGAUCCCGCGGGGGUGUCGGAGCAGGAGUUUCGGCGCAUCAUCGAGAAACUCAACGGAGAGUUGGUGCCCACGUUCGACCCCUACAGCUUCCGCAACAUUGUCGACGGCCUGCUGGGCCUGGUCACGGGCUGGCUGUGGGACGACUUGGGCCUCACCGCCAUUAAGUCGCGACUCAAUGCCUUGGAAAAGUGGAUCGAGAAGUGGAACCAGGAAAUGGAGAAGACCAUGGCGUCGGAAGAGGGCGUCAUCACGCCCAAGAUUAUACCGCUUCGGCAAACGGCGUACAUGAUGCUGGACAUACAAAUACCAGAUCCUGAAAUUGCUCCGGCACCCAGUAGCGUCGGCGCUGGGGAGUCGAGGACGGCGCUGGCGGUGGAACCAGCGGCUGUGAUGACGGCCUGA